GGCUUUGCCACUGCGCAGGCCACUAAUCCGUUCGUCUUCGUAAUGCAGGUGCUCGGACCAUUCAUCGCGUGUCUUUUCCUUCCUGGACUGGCGACUACGCCACUGACCGCACCUUCAUAUUUACCAAUCCAUCUCAGCGUGGAUGUAUCAGGCGCUCGUCAACGAGCCACUGCCAUCGCUUCACCCGUCUUUGGAACGACACACUCGUCCUUGGAUUAUCUGCCCCUCGCCACAGAAUGGGAAGCCCCAUCGCAUCCAACAUCACUACUAGGGCCAGCUAUAAAACAGGAGCAGCCACCAGUGGCACUUUGUGGGCUUGGCGGCUUUGCCACUGCGCAGGCCACUAAUCCGUUCGUCUUCGUAAUGCAGGUGCUCGGACCAUUCAUCGCGUGUCUUUUCCUUCCUGGACUGGCGACUACGCCACUGACCGCACCUUCAUAUUUACCAAUCCAUCUCAGCGUGGAUGUAUCAGGCGCUCGUCAACGAGCCACUGCCAUCGCUUCACCCGUCUUUGGAACGACACACUCGUCCUUGGAUUAUCUGCCCCUCGCCACAGAAUGGGAAGCCCCAUCGCAUCCAACAUCACUACUAGGGCCAGCUAUAAAACAGGAGCAGCCACCAGUGGCACUUUGUGGGCUUGGCGGCUUUGCCACUGCGCAGGCCACUAAUCCGUUCGUCUUCGUAAUGCAGGUUGGUGAACGUUUCAGCCUCUUUGCCAAAAAGUCUAACAACUACUUCUUAGUACAGCUGCCAAGCCCACAGUGCCUUAAUGCUGUUCUUGCUGAUUGUUUUCAUGUCGUUUUUUCGCUGUUACUCCUACUUUCCGGUGAUAUAGAAACUAACCCCGGUCCGGAUACUGCAGCUAUCCUCGCAGAGCUAAAGAAGAUAUCUACUGGCCAGUCCAAGCUUAUUUCUGAAGUUCAAGAUCUAAAAUCUCAGUUAUUAGCGACAGACAGAAAUGUAUCUGACCUAGGCAAACGUAUGACCGAACUUGAGAGCCAUUACGAAAGCCUUGUAACACUUAAAACAGACACAGAAGUUCUCCGCGCCGACGCAACUAAAGCUACUUGCUUAAUUUCAAAACUAGAGGCACGUUUUGACGAUGCGGAAAACCGAACGCGACGGAACAACUUGGUUUUCUACGGACUCCCUGAAACUACACCUGAAUCGUACGCACAAUCAGAACAACUUAUCAUUAAACAUUGCCGCGAGCAUUUAGAUGUACACAUCGACACAAAAGAGAUAGAGCGCGCCCAUCGUCUCGGACGUCAUUCGAACGACAAACCCCGUCCAAUAAUAACAAAAUUCACAUUUUUCAAUACAAAAGAAACUGUCCUGUCGAGCGCCCGGAAACUAAAAGGUACCAAUUAUAGUAUUGGCGAAGAUUUUUCUCGUGCAGUUCGAAUUGCUCGCAGCCAGCUCGUUGCAUUUGCCAGAAAGCAAUCUGCCCCAUUUAAUCUGCGCUACAAAACCCUGCACAUCGGACAGAAGCGCUACGUGUUUGAUAGCGUAUCUGAAACUGUAAGAGAAGUGUUAUAGCAAUCGUCCGCCCGGAAAAAUGUGAUUACCCGCCCCCAAACCAUGCCAAGAAAUAAUAUUUCAUUGUCUGUCAUAUUCACAAAUAUUCGCAGUUUCCUACCUAAGCGUGAACUCGUGUCUAACAUCAUGAUUUCUUCAAACAGCAGCAUACUUAUACUAACCGAAACGUGGCUUACCCCUGAUGUCACUGAUACAGAAGUACUUGCCGACUUGGCAGGUUUCCAAGUUUUCAGAAAUGACCGCAGAUGCACUCGAGGGGGCGGUGUCCUGAUUGCUGUGGGCCCUAAUUUAUCGUGCACACCAUUAGACAUCGUCUCUGAUUUAGAAAUGUUAUGGUUAAUUUUUCGCUCAUCGGCGCAAUCCGUUUUGCUUGGUGUUUGCUACAGGGCUCCGCAUACUUCACCUAACUUUGCAAGUGAGCUGAACAAUAUUCUGAUUGAUCUCGGUACUGCACAUCCAAAUUCACAUAUAUUGCUAUUCGGUGAUUUCAAUUAUCCCGGUAUCGACUGGCAGAAACUAGCUCCCUCAGGUGCGAACCACAGAGAAUUAAAGGAUUUUAUAGAAUUAUGUCUGAAUGCCAAUCUCACUCAGUUGGUAAGGGAACCAACGCGUGUUGCUGGCGUCAGUGCUAAUAUCUUGGAUCUUAUACUAACUACGAAUCCAGAGAGCUUAUCACAUAUAACUUACCUGCAAGAAAUUAGUGAUCACAAGGUUAUCCACGCCGAAUUUUCGUUCUGCCUUGAACGGCGCGAAAAACGUAAGAAAACAAUCCUUCUAUAUG